GAGCGUCAUCAGCGGCUCCGAGGCCAGAGAGCAGCGGGGACUCCGGAGCGCCAUGUCACCGGCUCACAGCAGCACCGAACCGGGAUGGAUGAGGGGAAAGUAACCGCAGCAGCCGGGCUGUGACCGCCACACCGACAGAUUGUUGAUAAAAUGGCAUCUGCGUGCUGAUAUAACGGUGUUACUGUCUCCAUUGUUGCUGUCUCCAGACCUCAGACCAGCAAGACCAAACUUUGACCCGGUUCUGCAGCCAUGACGUCCAAGUCAGCCCUCCUGAAGGUGAUUCUCCUGGGCGACGGCGGCGUCGGCAAAUCAUCGCUCAUGAACCGCUACGUCACCAACAAGUUCGACUCGCACCUCUUCCACACCAUUGGCGUGGAGUUUCUGAACAAGGAGCUGGAGGUGGACGGCCACCAUGUCACUCUGCAGAUCUGGGACACGGCGGGUCAGGAGCGCUUCCGCAGCCUCCGCACGCCUUUCUACCGCGGCUCCGACUGCUGCCUGCUCACCUUCAGCGUGGACGACGGACAGAGCUUCCACAACCUGUCCAACUGGAAGAAGGAGUUCACUUACUACGCUGACGUGAAGGACCCCGACAACUUCCCCUUUGUGGUGCUGGGUAACAAACUGGACGUGCCCGAGCGGCAGGUGUCGGGGGAAGAUGCGCGACAGUGGUGCCGCGAGAACGGCGGCCACCCGUACUUUGAGACAAGCGCCAAGGAUGCUACAAACGUAGCAUCGGCCUUUGAGGAGGCUGUACGCCGCAUUCUGGCGUUGGACGACCGAGCCGAUCACCUGAUCCACACCAACACAGUGGACCUGCAGAGGAAGACUCCCCCUGACCCCUCCUGCUGCUGAGCGCUGUGUGACUGCCAGCAGGAGCUCAUAUGAUGCUCCUGCAGUUGAGUGUAUGGAGCGUGGGUUAUGACUCUGUAAAAGAGGAAGUGGUGUUUGUUCAGUGACUACCGUAUGUGAUGUCCUCAGAUAAACUUUUGACUAGGACCUGCAUUUGAAAACAAAUAUUGAUAUUUUUUAGACCAAAAUGGACUAUUUUGUGCCAAUAUUUUGCAUUUUCACCACACGAGGGAAACAAAACUCUCCACACACCAUUCCCAACUCUGAUUUAGACUGUAUUUGCAUGGUUAUCAAUUUAUACAAAGCAUUGAUGGACAGUUAAUAAAAUUAAAUCUCUGAUACAGUU